AUGUCGGAAUUAACCAAGCCGGGCAUGACACCCGCUGCAUUGACGGUCAUGACCUAUAAUAUUCUCGCAGACGAGCUUUCCUCGAAUUUGGUUCCCCGCACAAUGGAGGAGCCCUCCGCGGAGACCCUGAUGCAAGUUUUUGGUGAGGACUGGAAAGUCAAAUGGCCUGCUCUGACGAAGGCUUUGAACGACGAGUACAGGAAGUGGCACCCCAUGAAGACCUGGAUCGUCGAUCCGGAGGGGCUGAGGAUCAAGUCCCGAGGACUUUGGGACAAGGAAGACCUCACGAAGCUGUCUAAUGAAGGCUGGAAGCUCGACAGCGUGCAGGUUGAGGAUGCGGUGACCCUGGACGGUGGCAAGACAUUCCUCAGAGUUGCGCGUCAGCAUCUCGACGAGGUCAGUUGUGAGAUACUCUAUGCAGCACUGCAGAGAGUCCAAUCGGAGUCGAGGGCGUGGCAGGUUCGAGGUCCCAGAAUCCUGGAGAAGAUCGAUGCCAUUCAGCCAACUUUCUUGGCCUUGCAGGAGUAUGACGUUCAGGACAGUUCGAGCCGAUCGAUUCAGCUUUCGCAACUGACAUUUCGCGCAGCUGUUUUUGCAGUUUGCCUUCCGUUAGGCUGA